AGUGGACUCGGGUGCGGCUUACUUGAAAUUCCGGUUUAGCCCUAAUCGCCCACAGAACCUUUCACCUUCCAACAAUCAACUUCCCACCGCAUGUGCGCGACUCAAAGAAAAGUUCCGCCCAGGACCAAUUCAAGAUUCAAGGUAUAGGAGGAUUUGACCCAAUACCACGACAUCACCAACUCAGUAAGUCUUCCAAUCUUUUUUUUCUUCUUCUAUUCUUCCAUCCUGAUCAAUUUCCUUAAUCAUAUUCAUCUUCUCAACUUUUUUAUUUAUUUUCUCAUUAUCCGCAUACAACACGCCCACACUUUACCUACCUAAUAUCUAACAACCACUUCUUGCAGCAUACCGUCACAAUGGGCGACGCAUCCAUUGAAUCCCCCGAAUGGCGCAAGGUCGAGGUCGGCCGUAUCGUCCUCGUCCAGGGCACCAGCCCCUUUGCUGGCCGUCUCGCUGCCAUCGUUGAGAUUAUCGACCACAAGCGUGCUCUGGUUGAUGGACCCUCCGCAGACCCCAAGCUGGUCGUCCCCCGACAAGCCAUCUCUUUCGUCGAUGUACUGCUAUCCGACCUUAAGAUCGAGAAGCUACCCCGAGCCGUCCGAACGGGAACCCUGAAGGCCGCGUGGGAAAAGUCUGGCAUUGAUGCCAAGUGGAAGGAGAGCAAGUGGGCGAAGCGAAAGGACCAGACAGAGCGAAGAAGAGCGCUCACCGACUUCGACCGAUUCAAGGUCAUGCGACUCAAGAAGCAACGACGAUUCGAGGAGAGAAAGGCUCUAGCCAAGGUCAAGGCUUCUGCGUAAACUGGGAAAGGAAGGAAUGAUUGAUUCUGAUUAAACGGUAUCUCGGUCUCUCGGUCUCUUCCACCUGGAGCAGAGGGUAGUCUACGGAUCUGGUCUGCAUGAAAUAAACACACAAACAUUGGCAUGGGGUUGCUGGUUUUCUUCUACUUUUCGUCUGGCAAGACCUGUAUGUUCACCCAUAACAUCAAGAUGAGGUGACCGGCGUCAAUGAUACGGAAAUUUGCAACAAAUGUACUUUUGCGCCAUGUUUGCUGUCUCCGUGAACUUGUAUCUUGACCUAAUGAAUUAGGGACUUGUUUACCCUACAGUUAACGAGCUCAGGUUUUGCAAGUAUAUAACAUGUGUAGAAAGGUUUCUCUGGGCUCCCAUCAUAUAGCAUGAAGAUGUUCAUGACUUUGAGCGUCAUUCAUCGACAAACCCUGUUACGUAUUAGGUUAGAUAUAAGUUCUACUUAUUCUCGAUUACCUAUUGCCUGUUACGUAGCAGGUAGGCAUAUAGACAGGAAGUUAAAAUACGCACAUAAGUUCCCAAACGCCUCUGUGCUUUGUUGCUGUUACUGACUUACAAAUUACAUAAAGUAGUCUCUACUAUGUACAUAGGGCCUAGGUAGUAGGAGAUAAAUAGUGGUGAACGGCAUGUAUCAAUAGAGCACUUGAGAAGAUCUAAGAGUACAGAUAAAUUUCUGGCGAUUUUGAAUAUAACGUAGCAUAAUUACAUAAUCAAAGCUUGUUC